UUAAUUUCAAACUCCACAUUUUUUAUAAAUUCAAAGUUUUCUUUUGCAUUCUAUGAAUCCUUUCCUUUUCUUUUAUUUGACAAAAAAGGGCCACCAAUAUUGAAUCAAAAUACAAAAUGGAUCUUUCUUGGUGUAUUAUCUGUGAUAACCGUAUUGAUGAUGUAUUGAAUGAUUCUUCACUUUAUUGUUCAGAAUCAUGUCAACUUAAGGAUCAAAUGGCAAGCAUUACAACACAACUUUCAGUUAAACAACAACAACAACAACAACAACAAAAGAAACCUUUAAUAAGAUCUUCUUCGUUACUGCGUAAUAAGCGUCCUGCAGCUCCUUCAACAUCUUAUCCUUGGAUUCCUUUGUAUCGUCGUCGUCGUGGUGUCGUUGUAUCCAAACGUUGCCAACCUGUUGUUGCAAGUUCUUUUACUACAGCAAACGCUUUAUUUACAUCAAUUCCUAAACCAACAGCUUAAAGGAAAAAAAAAAAAGAAACAACCUUUUUCAGCCUUAUGAGAUAAUCAAAAAAAACACCAAAAAAAGU